AUGGCUUCCUCGCAAGCCUUACCGGAGCCUAUGAACUCCUCACCUCACCACUCAAAGGUCAAGGUGACCAUAACGCUUGCGGAUCCGACCUUUGUCGCCGGAACUCAUGUUUCGGGUAAGCUGGAGAUGGAAUGCAGAGCGGACAAGGGUCUUGGAAUCGGGAUAAUGAUGAUUGAACUCUUCGCUGUACAAGAGCUCAGUUCCAGAGACCACUCUGCGACAUCUACGUUUCUGCAUAGCCGGCGUUUGUUCCAGGGGCCUGGGUUGCCGCCUUCCAACGCCGUGCAGGCCCACCCGAUGCCUGGAGACCCGCCGUUGCCCCAGGACUACCACCAGGCGCGCCGUGGCCGCUCUACGUUUCUAUUCCGCAUUCCAAUCCCCACCUCAUCACCGUCAUCCAUUUCCUUCGGAUCAGGGCUCGCAAAAGUGAGCUACGAGCUCCGGGCGAGCGUGGGCGUGUUCUGGAAGAACGAAAAGCGGCUGGUGAUCGACAAACGGCCCAUCGACGUCGUUGAGGCGUAUUUAUACGAUGAUGUGCUUAUGGGCAAGGUCCCAGAGUCGAUCGUUAUUGGCGAGAAUGGAAAAUUGUGGAUGCAGGGAAAGAUUGUGGGGAAUGUUAUUUUGGCAGGUGAAAGCGCUUGUUUGGAGCUGCAGGUGAAGAACCACUCGAACAAAAAGGCUAGCCUUACUUUGACUCUUACUCGAACGUUGUACCUGCAAAGCUCUGCGACCGGACCACGGCAGGCUCCCGUACAGAUAUCCGAUACCUUGACUACCGUUCCUUUCCGCGGUCCGGAAUACAUUAUACCUCCUGGAGCAGAAGGUGUUGCUAACCUGGUAUUCGACAUCCCCAAACACGCUAGAGGGGUUAGAGGAGGCACUUUAGACGGCGAAGAAGCUGAAGGGGGAACCGGACCACGCCACACCGAGUCUCUUUUCGAAAUUAAAUGCAAGGUGGAAGUCAAAUUGGCAAUGGGAAUGGGCAGCAAGGAUUUGCUGCUCGAAAUCCCGAUUGACAUCGUUCAUCCAAGCGCGAUGCCAGCACAGUUGCAUCUUCCACAGGUCACUGGUCCUUAUGUCCAACCAUAUUCCCCUCCUCGUGAAGCUGCACUUGCACCAGCACCAUACGCUGAGUACAAUCCCUACUACCCAAUACACCCGAUGUCCCCAGGACCUCAUAUACCAUAUGUCGACCCUGUACACAACCAAGUGUGGAUGCCACCACCUCCGCCUCCUCUUAUACCCUUAUCUCAGUCACCAAUUGGAUACCCACCGUACCUUCAAUCCCAUUCUCCGAUUUCCCAAGAGGCCUACCAACAACCCAUGCAUCCUUACGCACUGCCAGUAGCACCGCAGCCAUAUUAUCCCUUGGAUGUUAUCCCUCCUCAACCACAUCUACUUUCUCCUGUAGACGAUUUUGGCGGUUACAUUCCCCGCCCAUCAAGUGUCGGGCCUGUCGCGUCGGCUUCGCAAACUGCCCCUCCUCUGAUACCAGGUUUACCUCCUCCGCCAGCCGCUACAUCGCUGCUUCCUCUGCACGAUCUACAGCAUCCGCAUACACACCCGCAUGCAUUAGACCCCCCGUCCCAGCCUUACAAACCGGAAGUAGGCAAAGGCGAUCGUGCACUUCGUGUCUCGCGACAUUUGAGGAUGUCGUCCAGGAAUCGAUCCGUCUCCCCUCAGAGCCAUCGUUAUCCCCUCCCUGUGCAUCUCGUUCCAAUUACUGAGGCAAGCGGAGGGGGGAGAGAUACUUCCAGUGUUGGAGCCACGGCCGGGCUGUCUCCGGCGACUUCGAACAAUGGGAAGAAACAGCCGCGGAUGCUGCCACCCCCGCCGUUGCUGCUGCACGCGCAGAACAUGCCGUUGGUGUCGCCGACUCAUUCUGCUGAUGGUGUUGUGCAUUCGCCGAGGCCGCAGUUGACGCCGAAACAUUCCUUCACGCGCGACCCAGUCAACGGCGACACGGUUAAGAGUGAGAGAGUGGAGACGCUUGAGAAGAUGGCGGAUGAGGUUGGAAGGAAGAGCCAAGAUCUGUCGUGUGAUCUGCCUAAGGGUAUAAGCGACAUUUUGGCGGCGAAGGCGAAGGAGAACGAGGAACAGGAGGAGAAACGAGACGGAUUGCCUGCACAGAGUGGUAGCAAUGACGCGGAUGUGAAUAAGACGCUGCCAGGACCGCCAGUCCCGUCCGGAAAAAAUCUGAUGCAGCCUCUUCCGAGUCGAGCGAGGGCAGAUGUGUACUUCGCAGAGCAGCAACAGGAGCAGCAGUUGCUUAUCCCUGAGACUUCGCCACUUCCUUCGGAUCAGACCCCACCGACACCUGCGCUCGUCGCAGUCCUUCCCUCUCGCCAAAUCCGAUCGCAGGAGAAUUCCGCACUACAAACGGAGAGCGGCCUUGACGCGCUAGAGCGAAGGUUACUAGCUGAAGUGGGGACGAGGAAGCUUGAUACACGUCGCGCGGGAAAGGACAAGAGGCCUGGCGUUCGAGACGUUUUGGUGGGCGCCGCCACCCCUAGCUCUGCGGAUACGGAGGCAGAGGUUGAGUCCAUCGCGAGUCCGCCAAGUCGAGCAGGUGGGGUGGCCAUUCCCGCGAAGAGUCCCGAGACGCUUCACGAUUCUGCGAUUUCGAGUUUGACGCUGGCGGGUGGGCUGGGUGGAGACGAGUCGGAUGGGGAAUUUGAUGGGCGGACCCAUAAGGCUGGGAGAUCGAGAGCUGGGUCGAGCGAUGGGAGAGAAGGUGGUGUCGCUGGACCUAGCACAGGCCUACAUCAACACAUGCGCGAGCGUGCACAAGUCAGCACGCCGACGAAAACUUUGAAUCUGGACAGAGUGCGAAGCCGGCCGUUAGAGCAAGAGAAUCUGAAUGAAUUGGAUAACCUCAAUCUGAAUGGCUCGGGAAAGAGCAGGGAGACCAAGUCGAGUGGGAAGAAGAAGGAACGGGCGAGCAAUAAGUCUGCUGCAAAAGGACGAGUGGCUGCUUGGUUGGGCGGAAUCGACCCGGAUGUUCCGCCACAGGAGCAAAUUAUUCCACCAAGUCCCAGUGUCACCAGGAAAACUCCUUCUCCAUUCCAAAUGGGCGAUGACGAACCUGCCCCUGUUGAGAUUCCAAGUCUUCCCGACGACGAGCCUCAACAAGUAUCAGCAUCGCCUAACCCUCGCUCAUCCGGAUUUGUACCCAUAUCAACGUUGAAAAAAGAGCCAUUGCAAAGUCGGCCACUGAUCGCUGGCGAUGCAACUGUGGUUGUGGAAGCGAAGCGAGUUCAGGAUAUCUGGUCGUCACAAGAUACGCCUGUGCUCUCCGCCAAACAGAUACCAUCAUAUUUCAACAAUGCUAGUCAGCAGCAGCAGCAACAGCAACCUCCAAGUGGGCCGCUCAAAACAGAUCGCAAAGUUACCCCUCCAUCAAUAAAACCAGCGCCGCCAGAUCCACGCUCUAAGCCACUGUCGUAUUCAGCAGCGGCGCGGAACGUUUGGAAGUUGCCUGAGACAGUCAAGACACCGGCUGCUCAACAUGCUCCUCCAAUUCCUCCAAAGCCACAGGUUUUACCUCCACCUAAAAAGCCAGUUGGACGCAUACCGGCUGUUUUCCCCCAGCCCAAACCUGUAGAUCCUGAAGUCAAAUACGACAUCAGGUCUGCUCGUGGUGGUCGAGGAGGCAAGGUUACCGCAGUUGCAAAUCUUUGGUCCUCUGGUGCUAUCAAUAGAAACUCAGGGAAAGGGGUCGUGAAACCUGUUGAUGAUGUUGGAAAAGUAUCUGUACCUCCGCCGGUGUCCUCGCCCAUGCGUACAGAAAAGAAGUUGUUCUCAGAUGCUGUUAUGACUCCCGCACCAUCGCCUAAGCGGAGCCCGGCGGCACCUGCAAGAGUGGCCAAUACGAUCAAGCCGACCGAUGCGCAAAAACGACCUGAUUCUCGAAACGCUUUCCCAGAAUCGAGACCCAUUUCUCAUCCUAUGCCAAAAAAGGUACCAUCAUCAGCUGCGUUGAAACCUUCUGCUGUGCAUGCACCGUUGGGUGGAAUGCAUGUUGGGAAAGGCAAUAAAUCAUCUGAGGCAUUAGUGCAAAAGCGGCCGGCAACGGCGAUGUCUAGCCCGUAUUCUCUCCAUGCUCAACACGGAAAGGCCCCGCCCACCAGCCACUCGACUCCUAAUUCAUCUGAUCCCAAAUUGCAUAAUCUCGUAGCGAAGGGUGUCAAGCCAGCGUUCAAAGCAACGUCUGACCCAGCAGUGGUUAUUUCUUCUCAUGCCGUUCCUACGCUUUCUUCCACAGCGUCCCUCGCUAGACCUCACUCUUCUGCAGCACAAAAUGACUCGUCACGACCUGUAAAGGUGCCGCCGGUUUUAGCCACGUCUGUACCCACGUUGUCCUCUGACCUUCCAUCUGGAGCUCCGCGUCCUGUCUCGCCCAGCAAACCAGUCGAUCUAGCCUUUGGACAAGCACGUAUCAGGGAUCUGAUCAAGAAAUAUCAAGGCGGACAAGGACAAAAGACAUAA